CUCAAAAACCAUAACAUGCCAUUCAAUCAGAAUACGUAAUAAUUGCUGAAUAAAAAAAUAUGUCAGAGAGAUUUUGAAAUGUCAUAAUUUAAAUAUAGACUUGGAGAAUGGCGACACUUUCUGCGAAGGUUGUAUAUUCCAAAAACAAAAUUGUGUACCAACCACAUCCCGGAAAAAUGAACCUUCGAGACGAGAAAAUGUCAACAAGUGAUAAAUUCCAGUUCGCCAUAGAUCGUGGUGGCACUUUUACUGAUGUCUUCGCAAGAUGUCCAGGUGGUGAACUGAAAGUACUGAAGUUGUUAUCCGAAGAUCCCUCAAACUACAAUGACGCUCCCACUGAAGGAAUUCGUAGGAUUAUUCAAGAGGUCACCGGACGGAGAUUAGACCGCUCUCAACCAGUGGAUAAUUCUCGAAUUGAAUGUAUCAGGAUGGGUACAACAGUAGCUACCAAUGCUCUAUUGGAAAGAAAAGGUGAAAAAAUGGCCCUAGUUAUAAAUAAAGGUUUCAAAGAUCUACUCAUGAUUGGAAACCAGGCCAGACCAAAAAUUUUCGAAUUGAAUAUAGUUCGUCCAGAGGUAUUGUAUUCAGAAGUCGUAGAGAUCGACUGCCGAGUUAUACCAGCUCAGGACGGUGUAUGCGAAAUGAAAAACACCACCGAAUAUCGAAGGGUAACCGGAACAACAGGAGAAGACUUCUUCGUGGUGAGAGAAUUGAAUAGAGAUGAAGUAUACAAAAGUCUGGAGUCUUUGAAGAAAACAGGUAUAAACAGUAUAUCGGUUUCUUUAGCGCAUAGUUACACGGUUGCCGAACAGGAGUUGGAAGUUGGAAAAAUUGCCGAAGAAUUAGGAUUUUCCCAUAUAUCUCUGUCUCACAAGGUGAUGCCUAUGGUUAGGCUGGUUUCAAGAGGUUUCACUUCUUGCGCCGAUGCUUAUUUGACCCCACACGUAAAACGAUAUGUGGAAGGUUUCUGCAAGGGAUUCAAGAAUAAUCUCCAAGGAACGAGGGUUCUGUUCAUGCAAAGCGACGGUGGCCUGACUUCGAUGGACAACUUUAACGGAGCUAGGGCAGUACUUUCCGGUCCUGCUGGUGGAGUGGUUGGCUAUGCCAAAACCACCUGGCAGAAGGAGACCGACCUGCCAGUCAUCGGUUUCGACAUGGGAGGCACCUCCACGGACGUAUCGAGGUUCGCUGGAAACUACGAGCACGUAUACGAAUCCACUACUGCUGGUGUGACUAUACAAGCCCCUCAGUUGGAUGUGAAUACCGUAGCGGCUGGUGGUGGCUCCAUGCUCUUUUUUAGAUCUGGAUUGUUUGUAGUGGGUCCAGACUCUGCAGGUGCUGAUCCAGGGCCAGCAUGUUACAAAAAAGGUGGUCCUCUAACUGUGACUGAUGCGAAUUUAGUUCUGGGAAGACUUCUACCAGAAUAUUUCCCAAAGAUAUUCGGAAAAAAUGAAAACGAACCGCUGGACAGGAAAGCAUCUCUUUCAAAGUUUACAGACCUGACCACACGCAUAAAUAAUUUCCUCUACAAAGAAGACAGUCAUAAGGGAGGAAAAACGAUUGAAGAGGUUGCUAUGGGUUUCAUUAGAGUGGCAAAUGAAGCAAUGUGCCGACCUAUAAGGGCUUUAACCCAAGCCAAGGGAUACGACACUGCUCGACAUGCACUGGCGUGCUUUGGAGGUGCCGGAGGACAACAUGCUUGUGCCAUUGCCAGGAGUCUAGGAAUGUCUACAGUUUUCAUUCAUAAAUAUGCAGGUAUUCUUUCCGCAUAUGGUAUGGCUCUAGCAGACGUCGUUCACGAGGCUCAAGAACCAUGCGCAAAAGUAUUCACUAAAAAAGACUUCCCAUUUUUCGAGAAGCGUUUCGAACAGCUCAAACAGCAGGCACGAAACAAGCUUAUGGACCAGGGAUUCACGGAAGAUAUGAUUGCUCUUGAACCGUACCUGAAUAUUAGGUACGAUGGAACAGACUGUGCUAUCAUGGUUGGCGGUGGAGAAGUCAGCUACGAAGGUUUUCUGAAAUCUUUCCUUGAUGGAUACAAGACUGAAUUCGGGUUCCUCAUCGAAGGGAGGAAUAUCAUUGUUGAUGAUAUAAGGAUAAGAGGAGUCGGAAGGAGUUUCGUUUCCGAAGAUAAGCCUAUAGAAAAAACCACUGGCCAGCCAAAAUCUGAAAGAUCAGCGAAAGUCUUCUUCGAAACCAAAUAUCUGGAGACCAAGGUCUAUCAGCUUCGCGAUCUGUUAGCCGGAGAUAAAAUCCAAGGUCCUGCCAUCAUCAUGGACCAGCUCAGUACCAUUUUAAUCGAACCAGACUGUACUGCGGUGAUUACAUCAAGAGGCGACAUAAAGAUUACUAUAGGAGUUGGAGAAUUACAACGAAUAGGAACCGAAAUGGAUUCUAUACAACUUAGUAUUUUCAGUCAUAGGUUUAUGAGCAUAGCUGAACAAAUGGGAAGGAUACUCCAAAGGACUUCGAUAUCUACCAAUAUCAAAGAACGACUAGACUUUUCUUGCGCACUUUUUGGUCCAGAUGGUGGUUUGGUUUCAAAUGCGCCACACAUUCCCGUUCACUUGGGCUCUAUGCAGGAAGCUGUACAGUACCAAUUAUCCAACAGGAAGGAAUUCAAGGAAAAUGAUGUUAUCUUGACUAAUCAUCCGGCAGCUGGAGGCUCUCAUCUACCAGAUUUCACCGUCAUUACCCCAGUAUUCUAUCAGGGCAGUAAAAAGCCUGUAUUCUUCGUAGCCUCUAGAGGACACCAUGCAGACAUUGGUGGUAUCACCCCAGGAUCAAUGCCUCCUCACUCCAAGACUUUGUCUGAGGAAGGAGCUGCAUUCAAAUCGUUCCUACUGGUAGAUGAUGGUAAAUUCAUGGAAACCGAGCUGAAGCAACAAUUAACUUUUGCUGGUGGAAGAAAUUUAAGUGAAAAUAUAUCCGAUUUGAGAGCACAAGUAGCAGCCAAUCAAAAAGGUAUCUUGUUGGUGAAUGAACUGAUCGAUCAAUAUGGACUCGUAGUCGUGCAGGCUUACAUGGACCAUAUCCAAACCAACGCAGAAGUAGCAGUACGAUCAAUGCUCAAGCAAGUGGCAGCAGAUGCAUUGAAACGGACUGGAUCCACCGUGUUGACUGCUGAAGAUAGAAUGGAUGAUGGUACAGCCAUAAAAUUGACUGUCAGUUUGGACCCCAAGGAAGGAACUGCCAUCUGCGAUUUUACGGGUACUGGAGUGGAAGUUUGGGGAAAUUGCAAUGCACCAAAGGCUAUAACAUUAUCAGCCUUAAUUUACUGUCUCCGAUGUAUGGUUGAACAUGAUGUUCCUUUGAAUCAGGGUUGUCUCAAUCCUGUGAAAGUUAUAAUCCCACAUGGAUGUAUACUGAAUCCUAGUGAAGAUGCUGCAGUAGUCGGGGGAAACGUUUUGACUUCUCAGAGGGUUGUGGAUGUUGUACUGAAAGCAUUUAGGGUAUGUGCCGCAUCCCAGGGCUGCAUGAACAACAUCACCUUCGGCUGCGAGAAAUGGGGUUGUUACGAGACGGUCGCAGGAGGCAGUGGAGCGGGCCCGACAUGGAAUGGCUGUUCCGGAGUGCACACCCACAUGACCAACACCAGGAUAACCGACAUCGAAAUCUUGGAGAAACGGUAUCCCGUCUUCGUCCGCAAGUUCACCCUGAGAAAGGGCAGCGGAGGGGCUGGAAAAUUCAGAGGCGGCGAUGGUGUCGAGAGGGAGAUCCUGUUCCGUUCCCGAAUAAUACUGUCUGUAUUGACCGAAAGGAGAGUGCUGCAGCCAUACGGCAUGGAAGGUGGUGAGCCAGGUGAACGUGGGAUGAACCUCUUAAUCAGGGCAGACGGCAGGAUUAUCAAUUUGGGGCCUAAGACCUCGGUCAACGUGCUGCCAGGGGAUGUAUUCCAGCUGCAUACUCCCGGCGGUGGUGGUUACGGCAAGAUUGACAGCUCAAACGCGCUCGAAGAGGUCGUUUGGAGCAACUGUCCCAGGGUAAAUACAAGUUCGUACAUAGAACGUGGAAGUCUGUUCAACUACCGUCAGUCGCAGGAAAGUGCUUGAUGUGGAGUUUUUUCAGAAUCAAUUCAAGACCUGCUAAGGUUUAUAGUAAAAAUAUUUCAGUUUA